AUGGCGGGAGAAACAACACAGAUGCAAGAGGUAGGCGCCUCGGUGCGUCAGACCGAGAUCCAGUCUGCGGCGUUCGAAGCAAAUCAAAUCGGCGGUCUUGACUCCGCCGCUGGCGCGACUGAGCACGACGUCCAGCAUGCUGCCUUUGCAACUCGCACCCACACAUCAGACGGAAGCGACGCGACAUCAGAACUGCACGACAAGCACGUCCUGGGCUCCGCCACGCCCGCAUCAGCAACCAAGGACGGAGCUGCAACCCCAAAAAAGCGUUCCGGUCACUGGCUUCAACACGACACACAUGUCCUUCCUCGAAAUAACAUGAACAUCGUCAUGCCCGGUCUCUGCCUCGCUGUUUUCCUCAGUGCCCUUGACCAAACUAUCGUGUCGACAGCCCUCCCGAUCAUCUCACAGCGUCUGGAUGGAGAUGCGGGGCAGUAUUCUUGGGUUGGGUCGGCCUAUUUGCUUGCUUCCACGAGUUUGAUCCCGCUCUAUGGUCGUCUUUCAGAUCUGACGGGUCGCAAGCCUCUUCUGUUUGCAGCCAUGGUCAUCUUCCUCUUCGGUUCCGCACUCUGUGGCGCUGCGCAGAACAUGGCUUGGUUGGAUGCAGCUCGCGGUGUCCAAGGUAUUGGAGGAGGCGGAAUCAUUGCCCUGAUCAACAUCAUCAUUGGCGAUAUCGCCUCUCUGGAAAACCGAGGCAAGUUUUCUGGCGCGGUUGGAGCCGUGUGGGGCAUUGCAUCGGUCAUCGGUCCCUUGAUUGGAGGAGCGCUUACAGAUGCAGGUCACUCGGGCUGGCGAUGGUGCUUCUUCAUCAACCUGCCACUCGGCGCCAUGGCCUUUGCCAUCAUCUUUUUCUCGCUCAACCUCAACCCUCGACCCAAACUCACCUUCCGCGAGGCGUGCGGCGAGUUCGACUUUAUCGGCCUCAUCAUGAUCGUCGCCUCCGUCAUCCUUAUCCUGCUCGGCUUCAACUACGCCGAGACCAAGGGGUGGAACGUGCCCGAGACGAUCGCGCUGCUCGUGGUCGGUGGAUGCUUGUUGAUCGCCUUCAUGGCGUGGGAGUUCCAGACCAAGAAGAAGCCCAUUGUGCCACCACGCUUGGUCACGACUCGAACCACAUCGUUGCUGCUGCUGUCGGUGCUGCUGCACGGUUUCGUCUUUUUCGCCGCCACCUACUACCUGCCCGUGUACUUCCAGGCCAUCUUUGGCGCAUCUGCACUCAUGAGCGGUGUCUACAUGCUGCCGUACGCCCUGAUCGCAUCGAUCCUGUCGAGCGUGGUGGGUCUUGGCAUCACCAAAUUCCGUGCCUACCGUCCAUUCCUAUGGGCUGGGUGGGCGAUCAUGGUGCUUGGAUACGGCCUCAUGGCUACGCUGAAUGCCAGCUCGAGUCGCGCCAGGCAAGAGGCGUUCAUUGGCGUGGCAGGAUUGGGAACCGGCUUCCUGUUCCAGACGCCGCUGGUGGGAUUGAUGGCGGCCAUGCCGCACGGCGAUCUGUCAACGACGGUGGCAGCCAUGUCGCUGAUCCGAUCGCUUGGAGGUACCAUGGGCAUUGCUGUGGCAGGCGCCGUGUUCAACACGCAGAGCCGAUCGAGACUGCAGGUGAUUCCCGGAUUUAACCCUUCGAUGGUGUCGACAGGAUCCGGAGGGCAGGACCUCACGGGGCUGCGACAUAUCCAACCUCCCGAGCUUAGCCGUGAAAUUAUCACGGCGUACGCAAACGGCCUGCAGGUGGUGUGGAUCGUGCUGGCGCCCAUGGCGGGUGCCGGCUUCCUCGCUGUUCUGGGCGUCAAGGGCUAUUCACUCCGCAGGGACGUCAAGAACGCGCCUCAGGUUGAGACGAAGGAGAAGGUGCCAGAUCCCGAGAACCCGCUAGCUGAGGAGACUGAUGCUUGA